UUUUCUCAAAUUUUUUUUUUUUUAGUCAACGCCCCAUCUUCACUAUUCACUCACUCUCUCAUAAAUAUGUCAUCUUUCAUUCUUACUUCCGCCACCAUCACCACCACUACUCUCCAUGGAAUACUCAAGGUCUAGUUCUCCCCCCAAGUUCAAGUGCUUCGAUCCUUCCUACGCUUACUCUGCAUCAACCGCCAAGCUCACCCGCUCCUUUAGCAAUGUCUCCCCGAGGACUUUCGCCAUGAACUCCAAUGGCGGUAUGGUGAUUUCCCAGAAUUGGGAACGUAAAAUCAUUACUGGUGACGCAGGUUAUGUUCUAGAAGAUGUUCCACACUUAACGGAUUAUGUUCUUGAUCUUCCUACAUAUCCCAAUCCAUUGCAAGACAAUCCAUAUUAUUCAGUUGUUAAGCAAUAUUUUGUUAACCCUGAUGACGCUGUUGCACAAAAAAUUGUUAUUCAUAAGGAUAGCCCAAGAGGGACACAUUUUAGGCGUGCUGGACCUCGACAGAAGGUCUAUUUCGAGUCAGAUGAAGUAUAUGCAUGUAUUGUAACAUGUGGUGGCCUUUGCCCGGGCCUGAAUACAGUGAUUAGAGAAAUAGUAUGCGGCUUAUAUCAUAUGUAUGGAGUCAACAAAGUCCUGGGAAUAGAGGGAGGAUACAGAGGUUUUUAUGCCCGGAAUACAAUUCCCUUGACACCAAAGGUUGUGAAUAACAUCCAUAAGCGCGGUGGCACAUUCCUGGGGACAUCGCGUGGGGGUCAUGAUACCGCAAAGAUUGUGGAUAGCAUUCAGGACCGAGGCAUUAAUCAGGUUUAUAUUAUUGGAGGAGAUGGAACUCAGAGAGGGGCUUCUGACAUUUUUGAGGAAAUUAGAAGGCGUGGCCUCAAAAUAGCGGUGGCUGGAAUUCCUAAGACCAUUGACAAUGACAUUCCGGUUAUAGACAAGUCCUUUGGUUUUGAUACAGCCGUUGAGGAGGCUCAACGAGCUAUCAAUGCCGCCCAUGUUGAAGCAGAAAGCAUUGAGAAUGGGAUCGGCGUUGUCAAGUUAAUGGGUCGCUACAGUGGAUUCAUUGCAAUGUAUGCAACUCUUGCUAGCCGAGACGUGGACUGCUGCUUAAUUCCGGAAUCACCAUUUUAUCUUGAAGGGCCUGGUGGACUUCUUGAAUAUGUUGAAAAAAGAUUAAAAGAACAUGGACACAUGGUCAUUGUAAUAGCUGAAGGUGCAGGACAAGAUCUUCUUUCUCAAAGUAUGCGGAACAAGGAACACCAGGAUGCUUCAGGAAACAAACUACUCCAAGAUGUUGGCUUGUGGAUAUCUCAGAAUAUAAAGGAUCACUUUGCAAAAAUGAAAAGGAUGCCUGUAAAUCUCAAAUACAUAGAUCCCACAUACAUGAUUCGCGCUAUUCCAAGCAACGCAUCUGAUAAUGUUUACUGCACACUUCUUGCUCACAGUGCCAUUCAUGGUGCCAUGGCAGGAUACACAGGCUUCACAGUCGGCCCUGUCCAUGCCAGACAUGCAUACAUUCCAUUCUAUCGGAUUAUUGAAAGGCAAAAUAAGGUGGUGAUAACUGACAGGAUGUGGGCACGGCUACUAUCUUCAACUAAUCAGCCAAGCUUCCUGGACCCUAGAGAUGUCAGUAGAAACAAAUGUGAAGAAGAUCAACAAGAACAAACACCAUUGUUAUGCGGGGAGAGCUAUAUGCUAGAAGCUGCAAACUAAACCACAGUAGCCCCUAGAUUUUGCCCUUCUUAUGGCUGCUGUUGAUUUUCUUCCUCUCCUUGUUGUACUAGUUUGACAAGUAGUAGUCUUUGCAAAGUUGCUUGCUGCUGAGUUAAAUAUGAAGUUUAUUGUAUGUAGAAGAGUAAUAAUAGAGACCCUUAAAAUCUGCAGCUGAGCUAUGACUCAAUAUUUGAAAACAUAUAGACAGAGGAAUGGUUAGAAUGGUUCUUGUUAGAGUUAGAAAAUAUGGGAAAUCGUCUUCAUGAAAUUCAAGUUUCCCAGAAGUUGAGGAUAUGAAGUGAGCCAAAUUUGCCGUCUGCUUUAUCUGUGACUGGCAAAUUAUAUGAAAAAGAUAAAUAAUAUAUUUUUCUUUUUCCA